AUGGAGGAACAAAGACAACCAGAUUCCAAGGUCUCAGUGUUCAGAGAACUGUUUGCCUGGAUAUCGAAAAUCCCUGAGACCUGGAACACAAAUCUGCUGCUACGACUGUGUCCGGUGCUCAGAGGGAGAGAUAUCCAACAGAUCUGUGAUAAAUGGUCUAAUGAGAAAGGUGAUCGAUGUAUUCCAAAAUCGGUGGAGUUUCUAUCAUAUUUGGAUGCAGUUGCUGCUGUUUUAUCCUUUGCAUCAAUUCUGUUUUGUCUUGUAACUGUUGUAAUAUUACUGAUCUUCAUUGUCUUCAGAGAUACCCCAAUUGUGAAAGCCAAUAACAAGAACCUCAGCUUCCUCCUCUUGGUCUCCAUCAUGCUGAGCUUUCUCUGUGUGUUUCUGUUCCUCGGUCGUCCUGAGGAUGUAACCUGCAUGCUGCGCCAAACAGCUUUUGGAGUCCUCUUCUCAUUAGCCGUGUCUUGUAUUUUAAGCAAAACAAUCAUGAUCUAUAUUGUUUUCAGAGCCGCAAAACCCGGCAGCUCCUGGGCAAACUGGGUCAGUGUGAAAGUCUCCAAUUCUAUAGUACUGCUCUGCUCAUCCAUUCAAGUUAUCAUUAAUAUUUCCUGGUUGGCCAUUUCCCCCCCAUUCCAGGAGCUGGACAUGCGCUCUUAUCAGGGAAAGAUCAUCGUUCGGUGUAAUGAGGGCUCGGUUAUCGCCUUCUACAGUGUCCUGGGUUAUAUGGGGCUCCUGGCAGCUCUUAGCUUUAUUAUAGCUUUUUUAGCCCGGACAUUACCGGACAGUUUUAAUGAGGCCAAGUACAUCACCUUCAGCAUGCUGGUGUUCUGCAGCGUUUGGAUUGCAAUGAUCCCGGCCUAUCUGAGCACCAAAGGGAAGAACAUGGUGGCCGUAGAGAUUUUUGCCAUAGUGGCUUCAAGUGCAGGACUUGUAGGAUGUAUAUUUAUUCCAAAAUGCUAUGUAAUUCUUUUUAGACAGGAAUUGAAUACAAAAACAUAUUUACUUGGAAGCAGAAUUAAAGGUUUAACCAAAUAG